CCGCUGGACAUGGGUGGCCACUGCAACCCCAUAAUCCUCCUCUAUUAGCCGAUAGCUAUGUGCGGAACGUGCUUGUUGAACCGACUGGACAGAUAUGCAUCCCCGCAUGGCAGUGCCGCACAAUCGAUCUUCUCGAGACCACCUGGUAGAGAACGCCAACCAGCCUUUAAUGACCACCAGCCUCUAAUGACCACUAGACACAAACAACACCUUGUGGCGAGCAACAAGAUACAAAACGUUAAGACAGCCUCGACUCCGUACGUAGCGGAUCUCACCUUUGCAACUCUAGUAGAAGUCGGCCAUGGCGUAUAGAGUUGUUCCCUGCCGUCUCGG